AUGUCAGGUCGAACGCCAAGUUUUAUUGUUGUUGGUCUUGUUAUUAUUAUGUUUCUUCUUGGACUUUUUUACAUGUCAUGUACAUCAAAAAAUACGGAACUUCGAAUGUCUCUAGAACAAUUCGAAGAACGAAUUCGAUCGUUGACAAUAAAAAAUAGUGAUUCAGAAAAAAAACUUGACAAUGUUAUUUUACGUAAACGUGAACUUGAUGAAGAAAAAUUAACUAUUCAACGACAAAUGGAAAAAAAAGAUUCUGAAAUUAAUGAUUUAAAUACAAAAUUAAAUGAAAAAUCAGCUGAAAUUCAAAGUCUUAAAACAGACAAAAAUGUUCUUGAUGAACAAAUAAAAGAAUAUAAAUUAAUGAGUGAAGCAAUUGUUUCAAAAAAUUCAUUAAUUGAAAAAUUACAAAAAGAAUUAAAUGAUGCAAAAGAAUCUCAUAAUGAUGAAGUAAAUCGAUUAAAACAAGAAUAUGAAACAUUAAAAAAUAGUCAAUCUUCACGAAAUAAUCAAUUACCUUCACAAAAUGAACAACAAAAUACUUUUGUAAUUCCACCACAACGUUUUCGACCAUUUAUAUCAAAUAAUGUAACAACAAAAAGCAUUGCAUCAUUAUUUCAAGAUCCUUUAAAUAAAUUAAAUAAUCUAACACAAGAAGUUAAAGCACAAAUCGCUCCAGCAGCCUUAGAUCUUCGAGAUAAACCUGUAAAUGGACUUGAUAGUAAUAUUAAUACAGCAACUAAUGCAACAUCAAAUGAACAACAACAACCACAAAAUAUUAAUAAUGAUAAGCUUCAUCAAGAAGCUAAUCAAAAUGUACCAGCACCACCAUUAGCUAAUAGUGCACAAGAACAAGAACAACACCAACCAGAUCAUGUUGAAUCAGCUCAAGCAGCUCCACAACCAGCAAACAUAGCUCAUGAAGACAAUCAAGUAGCAGCAGACAAUCCACAAUAUCAACAGCGUUUACAACGAUCAUUAAAUAAUUCAAUAGUUGAUAAUAAAAAUAUAAAACCUUCUGAUAAUGCUGACAAUGAAAAUGAUGAUGAAGAACAGAUUGAUGCAGAUAAUUUACAACAGAAUAUUGUUCCUCCUUCGAAUUCUAUAAAAGAAAAUGAUGUAGAAAAUAAUAAUCAUGUUAUGAAUGCUCCUUCAUUAUUACAAUCGAAUAAUAAUAAUAAUAAUAAUAACUAUCGUGUAGGUAAUCCUGAACGAUAUCGACAAAUUAAAAAUAAAAUUCUACAAGAAGAAUAA